AUGCCUCGAAGCACAAUCUUUGAAAAUGACAGGCUCGGACAAGCCCCUAAGCAAUUACUCAAAAACGUGUACACCAGCGCCCCGAUGUUUGCCACUGGCAUAAUUAUGCUCAACAUUCAUAGUGGAGUUCUUGAAGAAUUGCAAGGUCAGAUCAGACCCAGUGCAUAUGAAUCGGGCAAGUCAAUCUCUACCCAUUUAUUUGGAAGCAAGAGAUGA